UAGCCUGUGCGCUUAUUCGCUACUGCUACUCAGUCUGGAUAGGUUUAUUCGUCAUGGCUGCUGCCACUGGACAACAUUUUUUUGAAGGGACUGAAAAACUGCUGGAAGUCUGGUUUUCUUCCUCUGUAAAUGAUAAAACAUGCGAUCUGCGAACGAUUGAAAGAAAAGAUUGGGAGAAGCUUUUAAAGCUUGUAAGAUGUGAGAUCAUCAGCUGUAUGAAGCAUGAUGAUAUGGAUUCAUAUGUUUUAAGUGAAAGCAGUAUGUUUGUUACACAGAACAGAUUUAUUCUGAAAACUUGUGGGACCACAACUUUGCUUAUUGCAGUGAAACAUUUAGCCCAGCUGGUAAAAAGAGAGUGUGGCUUUGAUACAAUUGCAGACAUUUUCUAUUCUCGCAAAAAUUUUACUCGUCCAGAACUUCAGCAUUACUUGCACCAGUCUUUUGACAAGGAAGUGGAUCAUUUGGAUCAGAUGUUCACAAAUGGUGCUGCCUAUGUGCUUGGUAGGAUGAAUAAAGAUUGUUGGUACCUUUACACUCUUGAGAAUGGUGGUGUUGAAACACCAGAUCAAACAUUUGAGUUGCUGAUGUGGGACAUGUGCCGCAGUAAAAUGGAAAUCUUUACUCGUGAAGUAUCUGUUGAUGGUAAAGAUGCUACUCAGAAAUCAGGCAUAUGUGACAUAAUCCCUGGGAUCCAGAUUGAUGACUAUCUCUUUGAUCCUUGUGGGUACUCAAUGAAUGGACUCAUGCCUGGGGGCUACUACAUAACAAUCCAUGUUACACCAGAGCCACACUGCAGCUAUGUCAGUUUUGAAAGCAAUGUUCCCCAGGAAUCUUAUCAGGGUCUGAUUAGAAAGGUGCUGGAUGUUUUCAAACCUGGGAAAUUUUUGAUGACUGUUUUUGCAAACAAUGCAUCGAUUGCUAAAGAUACCCACAAACAUAUGGAAAAACUGGAGAGAAUUGAAGGAUAUGUCAGGAGUGAUCAUCAGUUCUGCAGCCUGAAGAACUACUACCUGACUUACACCCAGUUCUCCCGUCCCGUUAUUUAGGAGACCGUGUGCAGGGGCCUUAUUUGGGUGCGUCGUCAUAACCAACAGCGUUUGAGGAGGGGGCGGCUAGAGGGAAUGGCUCAGUCUUGUAGCCAUAAAGAUGUCCCCUCUCAGCUGAAGACGCACUUGAGGCCUGCCUGCACACCAUGUGUGAUGCUAGUUAGCAAUGUCAAGUCUAGAUUUUCUUACUCUCAUUUCUACUUCAGUCGGUGUUUUUCCUAUUUCUCACGUGUGUGUCCUCGCUUUGUUUUUCGUUUUUGUUUGCGCUGUCAGAUUUUUGUGUGGCGUUCUCGCAAGGGGAGAAAGAAGCUGAGUGUCAGGAAGGGGUACAUUGUACGCAAGCCUAAAUAGUAUUUUUUGUGGUGGCCAUUCUGAAUGGUGUUUUAAAAUCUUUGUCGAAAACCCACAUUCGACCUAAAAAAUACAGAGCAUUCAGUUGUGUGGAGCCAGGUUCAUUCAAAGCUGUAUUGGACAUAAUUAUGUCAAGAAAUGUUGCAGCAAGAGGUUCAAUAGAUACGCCUACUUGAAGGCAUGGUACAUAUCAGUUAUCUCAGUUGAUGAGAUUUUGUUCUAGAGAUAAGAGGUUGUCGCUUGUGUUUUUUUUUAACUUGUGUUU